CCUCUCCCCCGGCGCCUGCCCCUUCCCGGGACUCCACGGAGCGUCCCCAGCAGCCGCGGGUCCCGGGCACCCCUCGCUCGUCAGACCCGCCGCGCCCCUCUCGGAGAGGGCAGGAGAGUGAUGGUCGGCUCCGCUCAGGUCCAAGUGGUUGAAAGGUGAAUCCGCCUCCAUUUCCGCCCGGCGACGGAGCCCUGCCCACCGCAGGGAGUAGAGGGAGCCGGCGCACCGCCACUCCGGGCGCAGCAGGGCUGGGGGACGCCUGCAAAAUGGUCAGCUCCGCCGGGGAGACUGCAGUGGUCGCUCUGGGUAUUUUACUAGCUGUGUGCCAUGCCUUGGAGAACACAACAUCUGCCUUGAGUGGUCCCCCAGUGGCUGCCGCAGUCCGAUCCCAUUUUAACGACUGUCCCGACUCCCACAGUCAGUUCUGCUUCCACGGGACGUGCAGGUUUCUGGUGCAAGAGGAGAAGCCAGCAUGUGUCUGCCAUUCUGGGUUCGUCGGGACACGAUGCGAACACGCAGACCUCCUUGCAGUGGUAGCUGCCAAUCAGAAGAAACAAACCAUCACUGCCUUAGUGGUGGUUUCAGUGGUAGCGUCCGUCAUCCUUAUUGUGGCUUGUGUACUAAUACACUGCUGUCAGAUAAGAAAACAUUGUGAGUGGUGCCGAGCCUUCAUCUGCAGACACAAGAAGCCCAGCGGGCUCCUGAAGGGGGGAACUUCCUGUUGCCAUUCAGAGACAGUGGUCUGAAGGAGAAUUGGAUCUGACCAAUAUAUUAAUUGCCAUGGCCAGAUGGGACUACUGCAGUAUAAUAAAGGAGGCCUACCCCAUUCCAGAGAAGAACAUUUUUCCACGGAAGAAAAUGCUCUGGAGGGGACUAGUAUCAAGCAUACGCUACAUUACCUUGACUCUUCAUAUGCAUCCUGUAUUAUAUGCUGAGCUUUCAGAACCUUGCCAAAUCGAGGGCACCAUCUCCAUGGGGCUACCCAAUGUGAAGCCAUGAACUAAUGAGUAGACCACAUCUUCACAACCAUGGAAUCUUAAAGACUGUUUUACGAGACUUCAGACUCGGACACAAGAGAACUGCACGUGGGUCAGCUUCAUGUUUAUGUAGAUGUGACAAUUUGUGUGGUGGGGAGUAGGUUUGACACCAGUGAUUGGGGGGGGAAAAAGUGUGUACAGUUCAGGUUGGAGAUAGCUUAUGAGAACAGUCUGUCAGUAUCUGUCCUGCUUUGAGACUUUACGGAACUUACCUGAAGGCUGGGUCUUUGGUUCAUGCAUUUGUUACAUCCUCAUUGGGAGGAGCAGUUGCAGGUCCCUGUUUUCAAAAGGGAGAACCCAACGCUUUCGAAGGAACAUCCUAUUUGCCUGACUGCGAUUUUUUUUUUUUUUUCUUUUUUUUCCUUUGUGCUGCUGCUGCCAUUGGGACAUUCGCCCUGCCAGAUGAGAUCUGGGGGGUAAUACGGGACGAGGUGAACUGGCCAGGGUUAUCCUGUCCCUUUCUGAUGAUAUUCAAUUCCUUUUCAUCAGGAGACAAGUUGCAAGAGAAAAAUAGCAACGCUCGAGCCAGUGUGUGUGUGUGUGUGUGUGGGGGGGGGCGAAAUGUGUUCACGCCCCACAAUCCUUUGCAUUUUAAAUGUGAUGGCAGAAAAUAUUCCAAGUUAUUGAGGCAGAAAAAUGUGUUUGGGGGUUAAAUGUCUUUGGUGUUCUUGGAAAGCUGAAAAAAUGGGACCUGGAGAUGAUAACCAUAACAAAAUGGCGGCCAUUGGGGUGGUGGAAAUCUAGGCAUUUAGAGCCUGAUCCAAAGCUUAUUAAAGUCUUUCCAAUGUCUGUAAUGGGUUUGGAUGAGGCCCUUA